AUGGAGAACACUUUAACUUCAUUGACUAAAAAACACACAACCUAUGCCCAAUGUCAAGAUAUAUUUCAAGCCUUGUUGCAGCACAAUUCUAAUGGAGAGCUAAGAAGGGGUUCCAUAAAUGAUGUAGCUGCACUUUUCGGAGUUUCUAAACGCACCGUAAGUCGUAUUUGGAAUCGGGCUAAACUUCAAGUGGAGAAUGGAUCAAUAAUUGAUUUUUCUUCAAAGAAGCUAAAAGUUGUUGGGCGAAAAAGGGUUCAACUCGAUUUGAAUCAAGUUUCACAAAUUCCAUUACGUCGUCGAACUACCAUUCAGUCUAUUGCAAAGUCAUUAGGUAUUGUAAAAUCAACUUUGCAUAGACGAAUAAAAGAAGGUGACCUUAGACCACGCACAAAUGCUAUCAAGCCGGACCUUACCGAUGCAAAUAAAACAAAGAGGUUAGAAUUUUGUUUAUCUAUGAUCACUCGGUCAUUACCUGAGUCCAAUACCACAUUCCAUGAUAUGUUUAAUGUCAUCCACAUUGAUGAAAAAUGGUUUUACAUAUCAAGAUCAUCAAAACGGUACUACCUCGUUCCCGGUGAGGAUGAACCGUUGAGAACAUGUAAAAGCAAAAAGUUCAUUACAAAAGUCAUGUUUCUCGCAGCGGUUGCUAGGCUAAGAUUUGAUGCCUUAGGAAAUGAAAUUUUUUUCGGAAAGAUUGGCAUCUUCCCACUUACAACAAAAGAACCCGCUAAGCGUUCAAGCAAGAAUCGUGUUGCGGGAACAUUGGAGACAAAACCAAUUUUAUCGGUUACUAAAGAAAUAACGAGGUCGUGGUUGAUUGAAAAAGUUUUACCCGCUAUUAAAGCUAAAUGGCCACCAAACCAUACUGGUCCAAUAUUCAUUCAACAGGAUAAUGCAAAACCUCAUAUUGAUGUCAAUGAUAACGAAUUUCUUGAAGCAUCGUCUCAAGAUGGGUUUGAUAUUCGACUUUGUUUUCAGCCCCCAAAUAGUCCAGAUUUAAAUAUGUUGGACCUUGGGUUUUUUCGGGCCAUUCAAUCACUUCAAGAACAAGAGGUACUCCAUACAGUGGAUGAAUUGGUUACUGCAGUUCAAACCUCAUUUGACAAGAUGCAAUCUCAUGAGCUUAACAAUGUUUUCUUAACUUUGCAAACAUGCAUGAAAGAAAUCAUAAAGGUUAAAGGUGGUAACAACUAUCGAAUAUCGCAUAUCGGUAAAAGUAGGUUGGAAUGA